AUGUUCAAUUGGAUGUUUCUGCAGGGUAUGGGUGUUCUGAUAAUCAACGCAUCUUUGCCCCAAUUCCGGUGCUUGGAUCCAAAGACAUGCCCUGGUGCGCACGGGACCGAUCUGUUAGUGGUAAACUUGGGAAUGUACCUGGUGGCUUUGGGAACGGGAGGAAUCAAAUCCUCCGUCUCGGCAUUCGGGGCAGACCAGAUGGAAAAGGAGGAUCCGAAGGAGGCGAAACUGCUGCCCAGCUACUUCAACUGGCUCUACUUUUACAUCAUGGGGGGUGUCGUCUUGGCACAAACCGUCAUUGUUUACAUCGAGGACAGGAGCUGGGCUUGGGGCUUCGGCUCGCUCGUCAUCAUCAUGGCCAUCGCGCUGAUCUUGCUGUGCGCAGUCCGCAAGAAAUACCGAUACCAGAUAUCUCGUGGUAGCCCCUUCACGGCCCUGGCCAAGGUGCUCGUUGUAGCCAUCAAGAACCGCAAGCUCGCUCGCCCCUCCGAGAAGUCCGGCUUCUACGAUGUCACUCGUCAGGGCGCCAAGCUCAAAGUCGCCCAGACCCACAACAUGCGAUGGCUGGACAAGGCAGCGAUUCUACCAGAAGGUGGGAACGCCAUCGAGCUCGGGGGCUGGGGUAUUGCCACGGUGACGGAAGUGGAGGAUUUCAAAAUGGUGCUGCGAUUGCUGCCAAUUCUUGCGACGACGUGGUACUUCUGGACGGUCCAGGCCCAGUUCUCCACGUUCACAGUUCUCCAGUCGCUGACAUCGGACAGAAGAUUGGGAUCCAAUUUUGUGGUCCCCUCGGCGUCCGUAAGAGUGAUACAAACGCUGGCGGUGCUGGUGGCGCUGAUCUUCUACGACAAAGUGUUUAUGCCCAUGGCCAGGAGGAGAACCGGGCUGAUCAGCGGCAUCACCAGCAUCCAGAGGAUGGGCUGGGGGCUGGUGUGCCCAAUUCUGGCCAUGACGGCUGCUGCCUUGGUCGAGCGCAAGCGGCUGCAAGUGGUGCACGACACCAACUGGGAGCUGAAGCCCUCCGUGCCCAUGAACGACUUCUCCAUGUUCUGGAUCGUCCCGCAGUUCUUCAUCAUGGGCGUGGGCGAGGCGCUCAUCUUCCCGGCUCAGAUCGACUUCUUCUACAACGAGUCGCCCGAGAACAUGCGCUCGCUCGGCACGUCCUUCUGCUUGUGCACUCUGGCCAUCGGAGCCUUCGGCAGCAGCGCCAUCGUGACGGCCGUCAAUUCUGCCACCUCCAACCCCACGCCAUGGCUGCCGAACAAUCUGAACAUCAGCAGACUCGACAACUUCUACUGGCUCAUGGCCGUCCUCAGCAGCGUCAAUCUCGUCGCCUUCCUUCUCGUCUCCAGGUACCACACUUACAAGCAGACUUACUUUGCCGAUUCUCCCCUCGCCUCCUCCUCGAACGAGCACAAGCACGAGCACGAGCAACAGUCCAAGCCAGUCUAA